AUGGGUGGCUGCUUCGCCUGCUUCAGGUCCCAGCAGGAAGAAGUUGUCAAGCUCCCAGAGGAUCAGGAGAAGGAACAGACUGGAGUUCCUGAGAACCCCAGCCCUGUCCCCCCUCCUCCUCCCCCCACCCACCGACCCCACUCCCUACCUCCCCACCCCACCUCCCCCCUAUGCUCCCACCUCCCCAUCCCAGUCUCCCCCUCCCUCCCUCUUCUUCUAACGGAGGACAAAUCACCCCUAGUCCGCUCCCAUCCCAUCCCUGACCUCUCCACCGACCCCUCCACCAUACUAGUCCCGCCCCAGGAGACCCCCUCCACCACAUCUGAGGAGGAGGAGGAGGUCAUAAUUGCGAGUGUUAAUUUCAAUGACUUCCCGGGCCAGUUCAUGGAGCCCCAGGAGACCCCCUCCACCGCAUCAUCUGUCAGUGCAGAGGCGAUGGCGGCAAUGGACCUAUUGAGUGACCUCCAGGUCCAGUACACGGAGAAGCAAAAGAGGAUCAAGCGUCUCUCCGAGAUUUUCAUGGCCUCUUUGGGAACCCUGCACUGGCAGGUUGUCUACACCAAGAGGAGGAUCGAAGCGGCUGAAGAGCGUCUGUGGAGGGAAAGAGCAGCAGGUCACCUCUGCCAAGGCUAUGAUGGUGAUGCAAAUUCUCCUCCACCUGCUGGUUCUCCUCCUGCCUCUGGUUCUCCUCCUGCCUCUGGUUCUCCUCCUGCGGCUGGUUCUCCUCCACCUGAUGGUUCUCCUCCUGCCUCUGGUUCUCCUCCGGCGGCUGGUUCUCCUCCACCUGAUGGUUCUCCUCCUGCUGCUGAUGCCUGCUCCUCUUCAUCGUCCCAGCCCCUGCCUGGGCCCAUCUCCCUGCCCUCCCUCUCCCCCACCAGCUCCCCCACUCCCCUCCACCUGCAUCCCCUCCUCACCCCUCCUCCUUCCCCUCCUCUUCUGGAUCCAGAUCUCCACAACCUUCAUGAAGUCCUGCAGGCAAUGACGGAGAUCCAGAUUCACGAGCUGCAGGAGAGCGAGAAAGACCUUGCCAGCAUCAAGGAGGCACAGAGUACAGUCAAGGGGCUGAGGCGGCAGCUGACGAAGCUAAGGAGCCGGCUCUGCAGCGUGGAGGAGAAAGUGGACAUUCGGGUCAGGAAAAGCCAGCUGGACCGUGGUCGAGGAGGAGGAGAAGGCGGAGUGGGGGGGAGAUGGGCUUGAUCGGGACAGUUAGGAGCCACAAUGUACUUAUUUCUUUGUUUAGCCUGUAUUUUUAGCAUAGAUCUUUUUGAUUGGCAUUUGAUUGAG